GAUCUCUGCCGUUCCUUCUGUUCCGCAAACGAGACUUUACACAGAUGUGUUUCAGGCGAGAUCAGUUGAGGCGGUGGGACUUCGUUCGCGCAGCAGGAUCAACUUCUUUUAGAGGAUCUAGCGUCUACUACUCGGUCUCCUUGAGUUCAAUGUAACAUACAUCCUUAACAGCAUAGGUCAAGGUGAUCGGGGAGUUACUUUGUGAUAGAAUUGAACACAUUUAGUCGGGGUUUUAAACGCAGAUGAAAAUGCCUGUAGCUUCUCUCCUGCCUUUCACAGCCACUCCGAAUAGGAAGUCCGCCAGCCCGACCUCCUUCAGGCUCACGGAGAAAUUCAUCCUGCUUUUAGUGUUCAGCGGCUUCAUCACCCUGUGUUUCGGAGCUAUCUUCUUCUUGCCUGAUUCGUCAAAGCUGCUCAGCGGAGUUUUCUUCCGCUCGUCCUCGGUGGAGGCAGAGACGCGCACAGGUACGGUCAGUGACACCAGCACCGGCACGGGCAAGGAAGAGAAGAUCCUGGCCAAGAUCAGAAAAGACCACGAAAAGGCGCUGAUCGAGGCCAAGGACACCCUACAGAAACGGCCGGACGAGAUCAAACAGGACAUCAACAGCGACAAAGAGAAACUUGCUCUAAACGGACUGGGGAAAGGAUCGAAAGGUGACAGUUUGCCGUUCCUUCAGUACAUGCGGCCGCCUGGAGCAACAGGGAACGAACCCGCCGAUCCGGACGUUAAAGCGAAAAGAGCCAAGAUUAAAGAGAUGAUGCAGUUUUCUUGGGACAAUUACAAGCGCUACGCCUGGGGCUCCAAUGAACUGCGUCCCGUCUCUAAGCAAGGCCACUCCAGCAAUUUGUUUGGUAGUCUCAAAGGAGCCACCAUUGUGGAUGCGCUGGACACGCUCUACAUUAUGGAGAUGUAUGAUGAGUUUGAGGCUGCUACCGAGUGGGUGGAAAGGAACCUGGACUUUAACAUGAAUGCCGAAAUCUCCGUCUUUGAAGUGAACAUCCGUUUUGUUGGAGGCUUGCUGUCCGCCUAUUAUCUCUCAGGCAAAGAGGUGUUCAGGAGAAAAGCUGUUGAACUAGGAGAGAAGCUGUUGCCGGCUUUUAAGACCCCGACUGGCAUCCCUUGGGCUCUUCUCAACCUAAAGAGUGGGAUCGGUAGAAACUGGCCAUGGGCGUCAGGAGGAAGCAGUAUUCUCGCCGAAUACGGGACGCUGCAUUUGGAGUUCAUGCAUCUCAGCGAGCUUUCCGGGAGACCAGAUUUUGCAGAGAAGGUAAUGAACAUCAGAAAGGUGCUGAAUCGACUGGACAAACCUCAAGGGUUGUACCCAAAUUACCUGAACCCUAACAGUGGACAGUGGGGCCAGCAUCACGUCUCGGUUGGAGGCUUGGGGGACAGUUUCUACGAGUACCUGCUGAAGGCCUGGCUCAUGUCAGACAAAACUGAUGAGGAAGGAAAGAAGCUUUACUACGAUGCCCUGCAGGCGAUUGAGAAGAAUUUGAUCCGUAAGUCAAGCGGAGGGUUGACGUAUAUCGCUGAAUGGAAAGGCGGACUACUGGAGCAUAAGAUGGGUCACCUGACCUGCUUCGCCGGUGGUAUGAUCGCUUUAGGGGCGGACGGAGGCCCUGAUGAUAAGACGGGUCACCAGAUGGAACUGGCGGCUGAGAUCGCCCGCACGUGUCAUGAGUCUUACGCCCGAACAAGUAUGAAGCUGGGUCCUGAGGCCUUCCGUUUUGAUGGCGGAGUUGAAGCCAUCGCUACGCGGCAAAAUGAGAAGUACUUCAUCCUGAGGCCAGAGGUCAUCGAGACGUACAUGUACAUGUGGAGGUUCACCCACGACCCCAAAUACAGACAGUGGGGCUGGGAGGCGGUGCAGGCUCUGGAGAAGUACUGCAGGGUAGAAGGGGGUUACAGUGGAGUGAGAGACGUCUACGCUAACGCUCCCAACCAUGAUGACGUGCAGCAGAGCUUCUACCUGGCCGAAACACUCAAGUAUCUGUAUCUUUUGUUCUCCGACGAUGACCAUUUGCCCUUCGAACACUGGGUGUUCAACACGGAGGCCCAUCCUCUUCCCGUCAUUAAGAAACAGAAUGUAGAAAUAGCAAACCAUCUCAAGUAAUCUUCAUCCAACCCCAAAGUUCCACUGAGACGUCAUUUUCUGGACCUGCUUUAACAGUGGACAAGAGCUUUGGACACAAAACCCCUGUGGCUGGAGAGGUCCUGUCCUUUGGGAAUUUUCUGGAGCUUCAUGUGUUUCUCCACAGCUGUCUCACCUCUUCCGUCUCUUCUCGGGAUUCUGCAUGCUGCCCCGUUCCCUCUCUCUGUCCUUGACACUAUGGACAUGUCUCUGAGCCUCAGAGACACAGAAGGACGAUAUUUCCUCUGUGAGGAGACCAGACCAGUUCAUUUUCCAUCGUACUUGCCCUCUCACACGUGUUAUAAAGCCAUAGGUAAUUAAAAUUUCAUCUGCAUCCUUGUGUUUUUUUGCAUCAUGUGUGUUUACAGGAGCGGAGAUGAGAGACAUCCACUGAACUUCACGGUUUCUUGCUGUCUGUUUCUUUCGGGAUGAGGUUUGGUUUGGUAUUUUGAGGCUUUAUUCGACAGCAAGGUAGUGAAACCAAGUCUACUAGUGCCUUUUAGUCUUACUGAUCAUUUUAGUCAAGUUUUAAUAGCAACACUCUAUUUAUUUUCGCUGUGACCGAAGGUAUCUUCCUACAGGCCAACAGCCCUCUUACCCUCGUGAUGGAUGUAGGAAUCAGUCGUAUAUCGUUCAUUCCUCUACAUUUGUAAGCUUACUUUGUUUCAUAUAAUGUGUACAAAAUGUGUUUUGAUUGUUUACUUAAUCAACGGAGGCAGAGACUUUUAUCCUAGACAUGUAAAAUAGAGUACUUUGUGUUAAUUUAUUACUCAAGACAUAGGGUUUUUGUCAUUUUUCAGUGUGAAGAGCAGGAAACUAUGGAGCCCCUAAAGGAGACAUGAGAACAG